UAUUUAUUUAUUUUUCACACCAAGUUUUGGAUUGGUUCAACUUGGAAGAAGACGACGUGGUGUCUGGUCAGUGACUUCGAAAAACGUCACAAUUCAGAAUCGCCGUUUCGCUGAUGGUGUUUUCUGUGCUUUCAAACUGAGAGUGAGUUCAAUCUCCCUAAGAAAGUCUCCAAGGUGUGAAUUCGCGGUAAUUGUUCGCAACAGGAAUAUCAGUCCAAGUUCCUUAAUGGAGAGUUCUGAAGAGGAGAAUGAAGGAGUCUCUGGUAAUCAUGUUCCUAAGGAACUGCGUCCUUUAGCAUCUGAUGGUGUGAAAUUUAUAGAUGAAGUACUCGAUGGUCAAAAUGAACGUUGUCUAGAGAAGUUCCGCAUGGAUAAGCAUGUAUUCUACAAAUUGUGUGAUAUACUGCAAGCCAAGGGUUUAUUGCGUCACACAAAUCGAGUCAAAAUUGAGGAGCAACUGGCCAUAUUUAUGUUCAUUAUUGGGCAUAAUCUACGGACAAGAGCUGUUCAAGAGUUAUUUCACUUAUCUGGAGAAACCAUUAGCCGUCACUUUAACAAUGUUUUGAAUGCUAUAAUGUCAAUUUCACUAGAUUUCUUUCAGCCUCCUGGCCCUGGUGUUCCUUCAGAAAUAUUUGAAGAUUCUAGAUUCUAUCCAUAUUUUAAAGAUUGUGUGGGAGCAAUUGAUGGUAUACAUGUACCAGUUACUGUUGGUGUAGAUGAGCAAGGACCUUUCCGCAAUAAGAAUGGUUUACUUUCACAGAAUAUUCUGGCAGCUUGCUCAUUUGACCUCAAGUUCCAUUAUGUUUUGGCUGGAUGGGAAGGAUCUGCUACAGACUUACAAAUUUUUAAUUCAGCAAUCACAAGGGGGAAUAAAUUGCACGUACCUGAAGGUAAAUACUACAUAGUAGACAGCAAGUAUCCAAAUGUGCCAGGUUUCGUUGCCCCAUAUUCAAGUACUCCCUACUACUCCAAGGAAUUUCCCAACGAUUACCACCCACAAAAUGCAACUGAACUGUUCAAUCAACGACACUCAUUAUUAAGAAAUGUCACUGAUAGAACUUUUGGGGCCUUAAAGGCACGAUUCCCUAUAUUGAUGUCUGCUCCAUCUUACCCAUUACAAACACAAGUGAAGUUAGUGGUGGCAGCAUGUGUAUUACACAAUUACAUUCGCAGGGAGAAACCAGAUGAUUGGAUUUUCAAGAUGUAUGAAAACGCCUCAUUUCCAAUGGAGGAAUCACAACCCCCACUAGAGAUGGAAGUACCACCAAAGAUGAAUGUGGAGACCCAGACCCAGUCAUCAGAUCACACUUUUGAUGCUGAAGAGAUUGCAUUUGCUUCACAGUUAAGGGACUCCAUUACUACUGAAAUGUGGAAUGAUUUUAUCAAUGAUUUUGGCCGCAUGUAAAUUUCUUUAGUUAAGCAUAUAAGAUUAGGUUAGGUUUGAUUUUUUCUCAGGAUCCAAGGUAUGAGAUGUUGUCAGUUUACAUUGACAUUUUGUUCAUAAAACAGAAAUAUGCCUGUCGAUCACAUCUCAUCAUAUAAAUUUUUGCAUUUAAUUCUCGUAA